GGUAGUAGUAGUUAGGAACGACAAAGUGCGCAUUUGUCUAGAUCCUUCGGACUUGAACAAGGCCAUACUGAGGGAGCACUAUCAUAUGCCGACAUUAGAGGAUGUAGUUCCGCGCCUGCAUGGGGCAAAGUACUUUUCAACGCUAGAUGCAUCUUCAGGAUUUUGGCAAAUUAAGCUAGACGAAGAAAGUUCAUUACUAUGUACCAUGAGCACUCCCUACGGCCGCUACAAAUUUCUGCGCAUGCCCUUCGGGAUUGCCUCGGCCCCAGAAGUUUUUCAGCGGGCAAUGCACCAGGUAGUGGAAGGCCUGAGUGGUGUCGCCGUUGUAAUGGAUGACAUUCUCGUUUGGGGAACCUGUCGAGAAGAGCAUGACACAAAUCUAGCAGCUUUGUUCGCAAGAUGCAGAGAGCACAACCUAAAGCUGAAUAAAAAAAAGUGUCAUUUUUUGCAGCCGCAAGUUCGAUACAUGGGUCAUAUCCUCACGCAAGAAGGACUUUGCCUGGAUCCCGGGAGAGUAGACGACAUCUUGCACGUGCCACCACCGCAAAAUUUCUCUGAUCGGCAACUGCAGGAAAUCCGGGAAGAGGUACUCAAGGAUGCAACAAUGACCGAACUGUGCAGCUAUUCAAGCACAGAAUGGCCUGAGAGCAAGCUUCAGGUGUCUGAGACCGCACGAGCGUAUUGGAACUACCGCGACGAACUUCACGUCGAAGAUGGCCUUCUCCUAAGAAGCAACAAGUUGGUCAUUCCGCUAACAAAAAGGCAAGAAGUACUUCGUUUGCUUCACGCGGCACACGGGGGUGAAGAAAAGAUGAAGGCAAGAGCCAAAGCAGUUAUGUACUGGCCAGGCAUGUCGGCGGAUAUUGCAGCUCUAGCGAAGGCGUGUCAACUUUGUCAAAGGUACAAGAGCAGGAACGCCAAGCUACCAAUGCUUAGUCCCGAUAUACCUACUUUGCCGUGGCAAGUAGUCGGAAUCGAUCUUUUCUAUCACGAAGGCCAUGAAUACCUGGUUGUGGUGGAUUUCUAUUCCUUUUUUUUCGAGAUCAAGCAGAUGCAUCGAACUACGGCAGAAGCAGUGACAAACGUGUGCAUGCAAAUCUUCGCCACGCACGGCAUACCAGCAAAGAUGUGCAGCGAUAACGGCCCCCCGUUCAAUAGCACGUGCUUCCGUGUUUUUUCAACGCAGCUGGGCAUCAUCCACGUGACUUCCAGUCCGCAUUACCCUCGCGGUAACGGCAUGGCUGAAAGGGCCGUCCAGGAAGCAAAGAAACUACUGAAGAAGUGCAGGUUUGGAACACUGGAGUUUUACAGCGGCCUGCUUGAAUGGAGAAACAUGCCAAGGGAUGACCGCCUAAAGUCACCCGUUCAACGGCUCAUGGGUCGACAGACGAGGACCAAGCUGCCCGUACUAGACUGUCACCUAGAACCCCAAGCCGUGCCGACCGAAGUUGUCCGAAAGCGCCUCGACGAAAUACGGCGAAAACAACGCGUCUUCUACAACAGAUCAAACCGGAAUCUACCGGAAGUGCAGAGUGGGUCCACAGUAUCUGUUUAUGAUACAAUAAACAAGACCUGGGCACCAGCAGUCGUCAUGGGCCCGGCAAGUACACCACGCUCUUAUGUUGUUGCGACUGAGAACGGCCAGCAUCUACGACGCACGAGGCAACACCUCAGGUCCACAAACGGGCAGGUUUUCUCGCAGCAGCCAGAAAGCGCGACAGCGUCCGCGCAAUCCAGUCCGCAGCCGUGCACCACCGAGCAGCAAGCACCUCAAGAAGCGCUGCGUAGAAGCGCAAGACAGCGAAGAGCGCCACAACGCUAUCCUCUCCCAGAGUGCCCAACGCAAACUGUUCAGCGGAUGUAGUGAAAAUUGAACUUUGAGUGGUUUUUUCAAUGUGCCUUCGUUUAGACAUUUUGUGUUCUGUUUCUUUUUUCGU